AUGCAUUCUACAGUACGCAGUGUAUUUCAUAUUUUAAACCUAAUCUGUUUAUCCAUUUUAUUAUUAGCAUUUGUCUUUUUUGUCAUUACAUUUUGGACGAAACUCUCUGUUAAAAUUGUUGAGCCAACAUUGAAUAAAUUACGAAUAGAUGAUGUAAAUAAUCGAACCGUAAUCGAUGGAGUGAAUAGUGUUGUACGAACUUUUACACGUCCGGUAAUUUUACCAUUGAUGGCGAUAUCACUUGUAUUUGCUUGUAUUUAUUUCUUUGGAGCACUAAUCGCUUUUAAUCGAAGCAGUACAUUUUUUCUUAUGACAGAAAAAAUGAUGGAAAAACUUUUUGCAAAGAAUUUUUAUCUCUAUCGAUCAAUGAAGAGUCGUGAUGGAGCAAGUUUAUUUGCAGCUGUUGUAAUGAUAGAAUUGAAAUGCUGUGGUUACAUGAAUCCUUUCGAUUUUGACGAGGACAAAGUAGAAGAUACCGAUGAAUAUGAUGGUCAUACUUAUGAUGACUUAGUAUUACCUGUACCAUGCUGUUUGAUGGAUAAAGACUUGAAGUUGAUUGAUGUAAAUUGUCCAAGGUUCCAUUACAUAUCAGAAAACGAUCACAAACAUCACAGUAAAGGCUGUAAACAAGUAUUUGGUCGUAAAGCAUUUAGUUUUAUAGCAUACAUUGCUUAUUUAUCAAUAACUUUGAUUGCGAUCAAUAUAGCACUUGUGAUAUGCGUUGUUCUGGUAUUGAGAGAAAUAUGGAUAUACCUUUAA